AUGGCAAGCACGAUUGACCCUGACAUCAUUGGGACCACUUAUUAUCCAGACAAUGCGUCCAAGUCGAAGUCCUAUCACAAACGCUGGCGACCCGACGGAAGAGAUGCGGUUGAGAGUGACGAUCGGGGUCGUGACUAUAGCCCGCGUGCGAGAAAAUCAAACGACUCAUUGGUCUCUGCCCGGCGUGACAGAUCACGAUCUCGACCACGACAAAGUCGUCGUUCAUCCUCAAACUGGCGCCCCCACCGGGAAGACCGUUCACGGCCUUCUUCGUUACGCCGCAGAUCGUUGUCUCCCCGUGACAACGACUACAAAGGCAAACCCGAGAAACCAUGGUUCAAAAAGAAAACUUUCUGGACGACCAUCGCCAGCAUUGCCAGCGUCGCCAGUGUAGCGGCCGUCAGCUUGUCCACCCAGGCGACCAGGGAGUCAGCACAAGCCACGAAGAGAUCCGCCAAGGCCACGACGUAUGCAGCAGAAGCAUCGCACCGUAGCGCUGAUGCAUCGAAUCGCAUUGCCGCUGGGAACGACCUGUCGACUAGAGCCGUAGUCAACACGGCUGUUGCCAACGGCCACCAAGAUCACCAGGGUCGAUACCUCGGACCGAUAUCUUCAGAGGGUGGCAGGAUCCCACGAGCACGAAGGCUCUCUUGGGAGCGCAUUGCAAAUGGACCGGAACGGCGUCGUUCCAGAGAUCGCACCAGCCACCGUAGACGAUCCUCUCAAGCCCACUACAACCACACACCUCAUGGACCCGGUUUGCUCGAGUGUGCGCCUUUGGGGAGAGUUUAG